AUGCCUAUCUUUGAGAGGCAGAAUUUUCGAUUCGGCCGGUCAGAGAGCAACGCCGGCUAUACCCCAGUAUCUGUAGGGCCCGAAAUAAUCAUUGCCGACUGGUUGCUGGUCUGCGUGUCGGCCUUGUUCUUCGGCCUCCGCAUGUACAGCAAGGUUCUGCGGAAAACAUCUCUGUGGUGGGACGAUCAUGUUCUCGUUGCCGCUUGGCUUUGCCUCAUACUCGAUGCCAUCGUCAACACCAUCAACAUUCGUCUUGGUUUUGGGAAACACAGGGAUACCAUAAAGGCCGACCACCUCAAGCAUAUCAACACUCUUACGAACCUCUCCACCACGGUAAUGAUGCUAGGUGCCGUUUGGAGCAAGACUUCAUUUGGCCUCACUGUUUUACGCCUUAUACGGGACCGACCAAAAAUCAGGGCACUGGUCCUGGUCAUCAUUGCAACAAUGAACUCGUUCAUAAUCUUCAACGUGAUAGCGGUAUGGAUACAAUGCGGAGUUGAUGAGCAUGGGAAUGAAGACGACGAACCGAACUGCCUGAGCAUCAAAUUCACGGCUUCUUCCAUGAUGUUCGCUGGAAACCACGGGUACAGGCUUAUCAUCUGGGGCGCCGCUGAGGUAGCCACAACCAUCUGCGCAGCCUCCAUUCCGCAACUCCGCGUGUUAGCCCGCGAGGUCGUCAUUAUUACGCAUCAGAGGCACGAAGAAAGCACCCACGGGCAUCAGCUGCAAGAGCAGCAGCAUCAUCAUAUCGUCGAAGCAAAACACAUUGAAACAAGCCAUGAUUCUGGCUUUGGCUCUGGCUCUGGCUCUGGCGCUACUGCGGUUGAUACACCAGCGGCAGUUCCACUUCAGCCACGACCAUCAAUGACAACCGGUCAAGAGACAUUGUCCAGGUUCGCAUCCACAUCCGCGGCGGCCACGACUGACCCUCGAUCAAAUUCAAGCGUCAGCAGCUAUACCGGGCUGCUUAGGGGUACCUCUGAGGUUGGGGUUGGGGUUGAACGAACCCAUAACAGGAGCCAAAAGCAGGAGCGAGAGCGGGAGCAGAACGGACAUGUACAUGGACCUCCAUAUACUCAUAAUGUCCCUCGGGGAAUGAUGGGGGGUUUUGCAGCCGCAGGAGGUUAG